AAAAUGGCCGGCAGAGAUGCUGAAGCCAAAACACUUUUUUUAAAAAUCCCUUAUACGGGCCAGCACCCUCUCGGACUUCGUCCCGGCCAGCGCCGUCCGGUCUCCUUCCCUCCGCUCUCCUCCCCCCACUCAUCCAGGCCAAACUAAAGGACCCGGCCGCGCGCUCUUUCGCCGUGCGUGAUGACGUAAGGGGAGCCCGCCCGGAGAAGCCGCCGCUGUUGGCGGGGUGGUUGCCGUGGUAACGGUGCCCAGCUCCCAGGCCGGAGCGGGCCGGGCCUAGCCAUGGCUGCUGCGGCGGGGGCAGCUGUGGCGGCGGCGACGGCGACGCCGGACGAAGACCCCCGCCCGCUGCCGGGGCCUUCCUUCGGGCGGAGGGCCGUGUGCUCCCGACCCUACUUCGUGGUGCUGAUGGUGUUCGCGCACCUCUACGUGCUCAACGUGCUGGGCUUGCUGCUCUUCGUGCACAUCAGCUCCGACGACGGGGAGACGGAGCCCGGCAAGGAGGGACCCCCGGGCCCCGCACAGGACCCGCCCGCGCCGCCCUUCUCCUCCCCGGGAGGAGGCUCUCGCCCUCACAGCCUGCCUCGCCUCGAGGGCAUCAAGGCAAGUAGCGUCCCGAAAUCGCCUUUUUGCGCGAGGAUGGAAGCAAGCACUGCUGUUCUCGGGGGGUCAUUCAAGAGGGCAGGUCUCCCUUUGGCGGCUGUUUUUAAAGUUUCAAGGGUCGGGGCGAGUUUCCCCCUUUCCUCGACCCUUCAAAAGAAAAGAAAAAAACUUCCUUCCUCCCAAGACUUCUGUGCAAAAGACAGCCGUUUCGGGGGCGAUUACCCCCAAAUUAUUUCUUGCCCUCCCAGCUUUCAGCUGCCAUAUAUCCGUAUUUGGAGGUGUGCGGCAACAUCCUCGUCUCAUGGUGAUUAUUGCAAUCUUUUUGCCUCCUUGGCUUUUUUCUAGAGUUGCCCCUUAGGGUGUUGUGGGUGUUGGUGUUGUUGUGUUUCUGUUUGUAAUGGGGCUGCAGGGGGAUUUUUUCAGGAAAUCGACCGAGGGGUGUCAAGUCAACUCUGUUCCUGUAGAAAAUGUUACCCUACAAAGGGGGGGGGGGUCUGGAAAUAUACAUUAUUUUAUAUAAUAUCCCUGUCCACUGCUGCUGCAGCCCCGACAGGGGCCGGCUCCUUCUUCGGCGGCUGCUAGUUCUGAUAAGUGAGAAGCCCUCGUGGAUCUUUAAAAGAAGCAUAAUGGGCUAAGUGCCGUCUAGCCCCUCCAUGGUGAUGCUUUCCCCAGCACGCUGAUGCAGUGAUAUGAAAACUUUUUGCACUUGCUGAGUUUCUGAUUUUUAUGCGACUCUUAACUGUGUCAGGGGAAGGAAAGUUUUCGCCUCUGUCCCCCGCCCCAUCCCUGUUACUUACCCCCCCUCCAGUCUCAAGGGACAUCAUUGCACAAGUCAUUUAGGGAUAAUAGGCAUAGUGGGGGGGGCAGUCCCCCCCCCCGUAUUUUAUUUUAUAAUGGAGUUAUUUUAUUUUUAAAAACUUUUUAUUGCCUUUGCCUUUAAAUAAUUUGAGCAGUUGUGCAUUAUUGAGAGAAGUACUUAAACUGUGGGUUGAGUUUGUCUAUUUGUCACGGCUAGGAUUGAUCUACAUUGGUACAUCUUGGUACAUAAUGUGAUGUACUAUAGACUGGGCUGAUUGAUGUGGUCUGUAUUGAUGUUGGGUUGGCCUAAUAAGAUUUAGCGCAGUAUACUAAAUUCUAGAGUGGUAUAGUAGGAUUUAAUAUGAGCAACAUCAAUAUGACUUCAUUGUAAAUUCACUAGACUGCAACUUUGUCUGUUCCUUGGUCCAGAUUGGGAUUGCCUGCCUUUUAAAACAAAGCGCAUCAGCAGCAGCUAGAAUUAACACAAUAAUUAUGGAUGGACAUGUCCCCUAUGCUGUUGCAAUGGAGGUUAAUUUUGCUGCCAAUAUCCAUUCUUUAAAGAAAUAAAGCUCCUAUAUUCAAUUUGCACAGCAAAAGAAUUUCAGUAAUUUAAAAAGUAAAAGUUUAAAAAAAUACUUUAAAAAAUCGUAGUCAAAACUAUGCAGGUGGGUCAGCAGUAACCAUUCUUUUGCAGCCCCUUGUGAAAUUUUCAGAUGCCAGGGAACAGAGUGGCAGUUAAUGAAUUUUGAGUGCUAGCAAGAUGUGUUAUUCUCUCGUGCACACACCGUGACAGCAGAUGAGUAAACCCUGCAUUUAUUGUGCAGAGAAGUGAUAAUACAGAAGAACCCUAAACCUUCUUUGAUGAGUGCUGCUUCCACACUGAGCCUAGAACUGUAUCCUGUAUUUGCUGGUAGCUGAUGUCAUAUAGUUUUGAACCAUGUAGAUGAGAUUUGUGGUGUUUUGUAUUUCAGAAUUUCCCAUGUCAUGAUUUAGCAGGCCAUUGUGUAUGUAAAGAUACUGACCACAGGCCUCCAAUGAUACCAUAUACUGGACUAUAUAUACUAACUAUAUUUGGUGUAUAGCAGUUAAAAUUAAUUUAUUUUACUUUCUUUUCAAGGUGGGCCAUAAACAGAAGGUGGAGCUGAUUCCUAACAAAAUCCAUGUCAUGAAAACACUCAGCUUGAAACCACUCCUUUUUGGUAAGAAAAAGAGGAUACUGGAGAUAUAUCCAGAUGACCUAUUGGUAGAAGAGGAAAUGAGAUGUACCAUAUAUCUAAGUUUGGCGGCUUCUUAUUGCCUCAUCUUUAGUUGCCUUUGGGCACAGAAACUCUGUCCCAUUCAUGACAGUAAUUAUUACUGUGGCUCCCAAGCACAUGUGAACAUCCUUUACAGCAGUAGUCUGUUAAUUUUUCAGACCCAGGAUCUAUUUCUUAACCCCAACUGAUAUUGAUUUUUUUUUACUAUGUACUAUGGUCUUUCACCUGCUCUCUCUAGAGUAACCAGGUGCAAAAGAAGACAAGAUUCCUUUGCCUUUAACCGCUGUGUAGAAGAGCAGAUUUUGCCUCUUUCUCAUGCAGGAAUGCACAAAGUGUCAACAGCUGAAAUUUCGUAAAAACUCCACAGUUCUCAUUGCUCCUCCCUUCUUUGCUCCUUAAGAGAAAGUGGGUGGAUGGGGGUGGGUACAAAGAUAGAAAAUGGUGGUGUGACACAUGCUUGACUCCUCUUACAUUGGUGCCUGACUAAUCCAUUUCCACCAGUUGUAGAUCAGUCUUUACUGGAUUGAACUGGUUACGUCAGGGAAUAGUAUUAAUUGAGGGUUUACAAAUUGCAGUUGAGCUUGAUAGGCAACAAUAAUUUCUGUAGCCAGCAAGAAAAUACACACACACACACACACACACACACAUACACAUUUUUCAUCCUCCUCUUGGAAGUUCUGCUGUUGUCAGCUGUUGUCAGCAUUGCCUGAUGUAUUAGUUGUUUCUGAACCACAGCAUUGCCUGAGGUUCAGAACCAGCAGCAAUAUGACAGGCACUCCACAAAAACACAUUUAACUUGAAGCGGGAGCUCCUAGCAAGCACAGUUAUAUUCCACAGGUUUUGUUUUUGUUUAAAAAAUCUUUAUAAAAGAUUCCUGUGUUGUUAAUUGUGUUUUUUCAAAGGAAAGUCUUAAUGAGAAACUAAACAACUUUCUUGUUAAACCCUUUUAAUGCAACCAGCAUUUUUAAGGAACACACACUGCUGUCAUUAGUUUCUAAAUACAUAGUAUUCAUAGCUUGCAGAUCGCAAGGGUGUCCCUCAGGCAGUGUAUGGGUUUUGUUUUUUUACAUAUUUUGUGUAAAACUGCAAAAUAAAAUGUCCUGGAGUGAGGGAAGGAUGGGUGAUGGCAAAAGCCUGAUGGGUAGAAGAUGAAGGGGAGUCAGGAGUGGCUUGACAGGUCAGGUGGAGCUGCCACAGUAGCUUAGCCUGUGGCAGCUCAGCCUAGUCAUUGCCAUUUACCAGUAGUGGGAGGAGGAGAGGUAGCAGCAAGGUCAGGGCUGUGCAGGCAGACUGCUAAAGCCAAUCGUGCACCCAUCAGUGUACCCAUUCAGCCCCAGCCUAGCUGCCACUUCAGCUCUCCCAGGAAGCCAUUGCAAUACUGCUGCCACAAGAUUAUUGUUGAAGCUCUGGUUCCACCGGGUGAGCCAUUCCUGCAUGGUAUGGAUGAAAGAAGUGGUCAGGAAAGUGGGUUUGCAGGAGAUGAACAAACCAGCCUAUUACUAUAAAUACUUGUGCUUUGUUUCCUGGUUGCUGUGCUUCCCAUGCAGCAAAGAAUCCAGCACUGCAGAAUAUCUGCAAUGGUGGACAAACUGUCUUUCAAAGAAGCUUGUGAGCCAUUACUGACUUUCUCGUUGAGAAACCCCAAUUAGGCUUGUAGGAAACUCCAGGGCUCCUCAGAGCCGUUUGAAAACUACUUUCUUGGUGCAGUGGUGUAUGAUUUUUACUAAGUAGACUAUAUCUAUUACUUUUUAAACUCUGCUCCAGAUAUGCUGAAGAAGACCUUUCAGAUACAAACAAGAGAGCAUCUUUCUAUCAUUUCAUACCAGAGCUAUAAGCAGUUCAGGCCCGGCACUUGUAAUGUUUCCAUCGCCGCACAGCAGCCUGUAGAUUUCGGUUCCUCUUGUGCCAUGCAUAGGCCUUGUUCACCACCACAACUUUGUCAUUCUGCACCUCACCACAGAUCAGAUAGACGCCUGUGUUUGUGCCUCUCAUAAUGUUGUGUACACAGGUAGCAUCUAAGUUCAGCCACUGCUGGAGUUUGGAGUGGGUUUCAGUCUUCAGAAGGGGGCCAUGCUUCAGAACUUCCAGCCUGGAGUCAAGGUCAAAGUCAGCAAUGGUGGAGGUCUUGUUCUUCCUGGAGAUCCUUAUUUUCACAGCUGGAACAAAUGCACAUUAGGCCAGAGACAUCAAACUACCAAUAAAAUAGGUAACUAGCUGCUUCCUCACUGUUUUAGUGAUGCAAAGAAUGGAUGCUACCCACUGUUUUGCAACCUACACUAGGGUUGGGAAACUUUUGACCCACCAGCAAGCAUGGCUAAUGACCAGGGAUAAUGGGAAUUGUAGUUCAGCUGGAGAGCCAAAGGUUCCCCACUCCUGGUGAUGUACACCUUUGUUCCGCACUUCGUGUAGCAAGCUUAGACAAUGGUUCUAGUCCAGUGAAAUUCUCAUAUCUCCAGAAUUUAUUACCCAGUUUCUGUUACAAAAACAAGUUCAUUUUAGGAAGAUUAGUUUAGCUGAUGAUCACUGAUAACAAAGAUGCUCAAGCAUCAUCUCUCUCUCUCUCUCUCUCUCUCUCACACACACACACACACACACACACACACACUUUGAUAAUUUGCUUGCUUUUUUAAAGCACUAUGUAAGAUUGCCCCGUGUUUUCUGCGUAUUAAAAUAGUGCUAGACACUACCACAAUGCGCUUUUAACUUCAACCUUUAACUUUUCAUAUUCAUGUUUUAAUAGGAAGCAGGUGGGUGUUCUGCUGAAAUUUAAGGAGCCUGCUAAUUUUGUGAAGGUUUUCUGGUUGUCCUUUGCUUUAGUCUGCAUAAAGGACCAGCUUGCCGUUUCUCCAUAGCUUUAAGGUAGGGGUAGCCAGUGUGUUGCCCUUAAGAUGUUACCGGACUCCAGCUCCCAUCAUCCUUGACUAUGUUGGCUUGAGCUGAUGGAAGCUGUAGUCCAGCAGGCUACUCCUGCUUUAAGAGAAGAGUGUGUGCAAAUGACAGGGGGCAGGUGGAGAACAGGUCUGAACAAGUAUGAAGGAACUCAUUGUUCCGAACAGAUCCUGCAAAUUUCAGAGCCGUGCUAGACAACACGCUAGAGAUCCAGAAUCAUACUCCCCACCUCUUCAAAUUUUAGCAAGUAGAAGUCAGGAAUCGAGGGAGUGAUCCAUGCUCAGAUUGUGAUGCUGUGAGAGCUAACUCUCCCUACCCUAUGUUCCCACUGAAAGUCCCCCUCCAGCUGCUAUUUCUCCUGUUAGAUAAAAUGUGUGUGUACACAGCCUGUUCCCAUAGCUUCUCCCUAAUGUAGAAAGUUUUAGCUUGUGAGGAGUGCACAUUUGCAUUAGGAAAAUGACAUGGGGCCAGAGACUUAAUUCUCGCCCUCAUCUGCUGCCACUGUUGUAAUUCCCUCUCCCCUAGCAACUGGUAUUUGCCAAAAUUUAUCGAGAGAGGAGAACCAGUCAUGGAUCUUUCUUCUCACAUCCAGUUUUGCCCUUUCUUCUAUAGCUGAAAAUGUGGUGAUCCGAUGGACUUGUAUUCUGAGACUAGAGGACUGUUUUCUCAGACCAAGUGGUUAAGAGGCAGAGAGCAGUGGUUUACUCACCAAAAUCAUUGGUGCAAAGGUUUUCCAGGAUCUCCUUGGGAGAGUUGGGUUCUUCAAGUUCACAGUCCCUGCAGCUGGCCUGGGGCACUGCUGGAACACAUAGUAAGUUACUGAAUUCAUUUGAGCCUAAUGUAACCCAGAGAAUUUUGGGUUCUCAGGGUUGCAGAUUUUGUGGGAUUGGAGUAGAUGACCCUUGUGGUCCUUUCCAUCUCUGUCAUUCUAUGAUUCUAGAACAGGCAUAGGCAAACUCGGCUCUCCAGAUGUUUUGGGACUACAACUCCCAUCAUUCCUAGCUAACAGGACCAGAGGUCAGGGAUGAUGGGAAUUGUUGUCUCAAAACAUCUGGAGGGUCGAGUUUGCCUUUGCCUGUUCUAGAAAAUAGGUCAGUAGCUUGCUAUCUUGGUGGCUUCAUACACCGUGUUCAACUCAGAUGUGAAAUAAUUAGUGUGACUUUGGGUAAGUCUUUAUCUCUCAACUUUAAAUAGGCAAAAAAAAAAUCUUUUUAAAAAAGAUAUAAUUAUUACCUCCCUCAGGUGUCUGCCAAGAGCCUUUGUAAUAGGGGAGGCUAUGAGGAACUAACUUCAGAGGUUACUUUUCCAGCUCUAACUGUAAAAUCUAUGUUCAAAACCUCAGUACAGUUUUGAAUGGUUUUUUCUCAGUUUCCUGAUUAAAAGAUGUUGGUACUUCAUACGCUUUUUGGCUCUUAUGGGUUCCUCUGAAUUGAGAAAAAGCCAAACUUAAGCUUUAACACAUAGAAUCCAAACACCCUCCCACCUGCCCAGCUUUGUAAAUUUCUGUCCAGAUUGUGCGGUUGUGACAGGGUAUAUGUGUUCCAUGACAAGUACAAACAGCAAAGAGCCUUACUUCUCCUGCUCGGAGCACUUUCAUCAGUGAUUGAGGAGAUGCACAGCUCAUGAUCUUCAGGGAAUUUGUUACAGUUCAGGAUUUCAGGCCAAGGGUAGCCGUAGCAAGCCAUGACUGGGGCGCAGCUAUUCCUGACAGCUUUGCACAAACUUUGGCAAGGGUAGAUGAGCCUAGAGAGAGAAAGAUGAACUCAUUUCAAAACUUUGUGAGCAAAGUUGGACGAGAAGACCCUCGGGGGGCCAUCCAAUUCUACAAUUCUAUGAUUCCAAGUGCCUGUUAAGCUACCCCAGAGCAACCACUAGCAGCUAAGGGCAAGCCAGAGGUUCCCCACCCUGCCUUAGUCUCUGUUUACCAUCACUGCAGGCAGGGCUGAGUUGCUGACCUGGCUUCCCGACACUUGUGUCGCUGCCACUUAACUAGGGACAGGGAGGCAACAGAGAGUGCAGUGUGGAUGCAGCAGUGGAGACAGUCUGAUGCUUCUUCCACUGGGCUCAUACCGAGCUCCCCACUGCCUUCCCUUCUCCCUCUCAGUAACCUGCUGUGACGUGUGACUUUGGGAAGCUAGGCUGGUCACACAACCCUCCCCGCGUUUAUAGUAAAACAAGAACAAAAUUGUUUGCAUUAGUUAGAGAGUAUUUCAGUGCCAGCCUUGAUGGGUUUGUUUCGGAGAGCAAAGCAUCAUUUUAAUAAAACAGGUUUGAACAUUAGGAUAAGUUUCUUCAUGAUUGACAGUAGGCCAACACUGGAUCCAGUUACCUACAGCAGGUGGGAGGGGCUCUCCUUUGCUGGACGCCCUCAAGCAGAGGCUGCACAGCCACCUCUUGGGGAUGCUCUAGCUCUGGGUGUUCUGCAUAAUGGAGCAGAGAUUGGAGCAGGCCCCAUCUUACUCCAUGAUUCUGAAAUCAUUUGAAAACUUGAAUAGUUUUGUAUUUUCUAAAAAAAUUUAAAAAAUUGUCCAGUAGUACCUUAGAGACCAACUAAGUAGUUCUGGGUAUAAGCUUUCGUGUGCAUGCACACUUCUUCAGUUUCCCCAGCCACUCUGGGCAGCUUCCAACAAAAUUCCAACUUUUAGAAGACAUCUGAAGGCAGCCCUGUUUAGGGAAGCUUUUAAUAUCUGAAGGACUAUUUUAUUUUAAUAUUUUGUUGGAAGCUGCCCAGAGUGGCUGGAGAAACUGAAGAAGUGUGCAUGCACACGAAAGCUUAUAUCCAGAACUACUUACCGUAUUUUUUGCACCAUAACACUCACUUUUUUCCUCCUAGAAAGUAAGGGGAAAUGUCUGUGCGUGUUAUGGAGGGAAUGCCUACGGCUGGCAUGCCUCCAGAUUUUCCUCCUUUAAAAACUACAUGCGUGUUAUGGUCGGGUGCGUGUUAUAGAGCGAAAAAUACGGUAGUUGGUCUCUAAGGUGCUACUGGACAAUUUUUAAAAAAUUUUUUUACUGCGUCAGACCAACACAGCUACCUGCCUGUAUUUUCUAAAAUUAGCAUUGACUGCUUGACCCACUGCAAUGUGGUAUCAUUGUUGGUCAUUCUGAUAGCAACAUUCUGUUGUUUACUAACAGCAAUCAGCUAUGCUCAGAUUUGAGUUAAGGGUUACUCAGGUUCCCCAUAUGUUUUGUAGACCAUCCCCGUGAUCCUCAUUGUGAUUACCCUUGUACCAAUUUGCACUGAAUGGAAACACUUGGGACAUAUCAGAUGCCCUCAAGCUUAGAAAUUUAAGGAGCAAGCAUAUUGCUUAGUGUAUUGAAGGAUGAAGCCAAAUUCCACAGUAGAUGGGGAUAAUUCUUUCCCCUAUCUUCCGGCAUUAUGCGUUACGUUACAUAUUCCAAUGCAAUAUUGUUACUGAGUUGAUAAAUGUUCAUUUUCUUCCAGAGAGGAGCACAUUAUUCUAGCUUUUGGUGUCUGUCACUCUUGUGCAGGCAGAGAAACAGAGCAAUUAAGUAUUACAGAGUUUUAGCUUGGUUUUGCUGCUGUAGUGCUUGAACCUUUAGGAAGGUGCCUUAUGUCCAGUCAUACCAUUGAUCCAUAUAGCUCAGCACUGUGCACUGCCUGGCAGUCCAUCUACAUCUGUAUAAGCAUUUCUGAAUUGAAGAAUCAGCAUUUGAGGCCUGCUCUUUGGCCUGUUGGUAAGAUGCAUAAAGUUGCUGGUGUCGUCACAUUUAUGGAAUUCUCUCUCUCAGGAAAUAGGUACAUCCCCAUCUUUGUUUACCUUUGAGAGAACGCUUAAGAUUUUUUUUUAAAUUUUGACUAUGUUUUAAAUCCUUGCUUUUCCUCAUUUUAAAAGGAGCAAACCGCUUUCUAAAAAUGCCCCCCAUCCUGGUGUUAUAUAAAGAUAUUUUGUUUUGAAUCUCUUGUACACCACCUUGUUAGAGCAAUGUGUCCUUAGUGGGGCUUUUAAGUCCUUUACUUACUUACUUACUUACUUAAACAAACAAAGAAACCAUCAAACAAACAAACAAAUCUAGCUCAGUGUUGUCUGCAAUGACUGGCAGGGUUUCAGAAUUUCCAGCUGUGUGUGCAUGGAUCUUUGGAAUCUGUUUUUUCAAAACACAUUUUUCUCUUGUGAGAAAAGCUUGCUCAUCUAACACCAUUCCAGAUUUGACUGAUUGAUCAAUUGAAUGAUCGAAUCCUGGGCAAACUGAUCGGUCUUGUCUUGGUGCCAAAACAAUAAAAAUGUUGGUGCAAAUUGCACUUUGGGUAUUCUUCAAGUAGUAAUCUAUUGUAGAGCAGACAGCAAUGUCUUGUGCUUGUCUUAGAUUUAUUGAGUUAGCUGAUUGCAAAUCACACUGUGAUUUUGAGAGGAGCUGAGUCAUCAGCAAGGCAGUUGCUGGCUCUAUUCACAGAGUGGCUGAAGUGUUUACAUAUAAAUUACACACAAGCAUUUUUACACAAGGCUUAAAUGCGCUUAUCAUUAUCCAUGACUUAUUAUGCCAAAUACUGCAAAUGUGGAAGAGGUAUCAAAUGUAGCUAAUACUGCAUUUACAGUCUCAUUGCAGAUUGCUUAAAGCCAAAACUGAUAGAAGUCAGUGUAUGGGAAAAUAGCCAGAGCAUAUAAAGGUAAAGGUAAAGGUAAAGGGACCCCUGACCAUUAGGUCCAGUCGUGACCGACUCUGGGGUUGCGGCACUCAUCUCACUUUAUUGGCGAGGGAGCCGGUGUACAGCUUCCAAGUCAUGUGGGCAGCAUGACUAAGCCGCUUCUGGCAAACCAGAGCAGUGCACGGAAACGCCGUUUACCUUCCCACCGGAGCAGUACCUAUUUAUCUACUUGCACUUUGACAUGCUUUUGAACUGCUAGGUUGGCAGGAGCAGGGACCGAGCAACGGGAUCUCACCCUGUUGCAGGGAUUCGAACCGCCGACCUUCUGAUUGGCAAGUGGUUUAACCCACAGCACCACCUGCAUCUCUGGAGCAUAUAAAGCAAAGGGCAAAAGGAAGAUUCAGGAUUGGGGAUGUGGGAGAUGGGAUGUCCAUGCAGCUAUCUCAAGGUCAGAAGCUGGUUGGGGUAGAGGGACAAGAUAGAACAAGAGCAAAUGAAACUUAACAGUAAACUCUGAAAUGCCCUUACCUGUCCAGGCAGAUUGGGGCAAAGAGGGAGCAGAGGAAGAUCCUGGCAUCCGGAUGGCACUCUCUGGCUAACAAGGGCAGCCAGCUGGUGGAUUGCUGGAUUGCUUCAGCCAUAGUCUCAUGGUCCAGCAGGUUGGGGAGUCUCAUCUCGGUGUACCCAAUGUCAUAACACAAAGCCAUGCUUCUUGGAAUCGAUGUGCAUCUGGAAGAGCUUCUUCUGUAGUUUCCAAAAACCCCCGGGAAGUCCCAGAUUAGCAGAUAACCCAAAAGGACAAGAAGCGGCUGUUGUGCGCCCAGCAUCAUGGGGUGAUGUGCUGUUUUCCUCAUCUCUCCGAACAUUGCCCCUCCCCAGCAAAAUGUGGCCGAUUAAAAUUCUGCCUUCCCAAAGGGGAAUCUAGACUGAGGGGUUUCCUGGUCGGGUUGUGGUUUAUUAUAGCAGAGAGGCCACCUCUGUAUUCGUGCAUUCUCAUUAAGCUCCCGUGUCACUGGGUUUUUGUUUUCUUCUCUUUGCCAGUGGCCCCUGAUUGUUUGCCUUUUUUCAGAGGUUUUGGCUUAGGCUAGCAGGUGUUGAAAUGAGGGCAGUCAAAUCAGCUUGAAUGGUUUCCCCCCUACCAAUAUCUUGGAGUUCUGAUUGAAUCAUUGUUUGAGACUCCCUCAGGCCCACCCCCUUGCCCCUACCCAGGGAUUAGUCAUUAUUUUCUAAACACCGCUUGUUUUCCUCUCUAUUGUGUUUUGUGGCAAAGCAAUCACAAAGUUAAUUAAGAGACAUUUGUUGAGCUCUAGCCAUUGUUUAAAGAGGCAAGGGGGUGGGGAGUGCCAGCCCCAUGGAUUCUGGUUGUUAGCUGUUUUGGAGGCAUUUCCCCCCAGUUUGGGUAGUUUUAACAUUGGGGGUCAUUGUUUACACACAGGAUGUAAUUGGCAAACUUUUUUAUUUUCUAACCAUGCCACAGGAAAUUAAUUGUGGAUGGUGGUGUACUUCUUAUUUUGGCAUGAAGUGAGCUGCUGUGAAACACGAGUGGAUAGCUCUAUUCCUGGGUAAUUGUCGAAAACGUUUAUUGUCAUCUCAUUGGAGUUUAAUGUAGGUCUCCUAGAGCCUUAGGGGGCAUUGCUUGUUGUGUUGGCUCAUUGUUAAUUUGUUUUAUGCCACUCUGACUAAUAGCUGGGGGUAGCUGAGGAGAGGAUUACACACUCCUUGCAACAGAAAGCAUUCUCUGUUAAGGGUUAACGUGGCCAUAGCCAGUUGCGUGCUCUGCUUUUCUGUUUCCCAUGAGGUAGGUAGCAGUCUUUCAACUUUCCUAGCUCUGUACCAAGUAAAAUCUCAGUUAAAAUUUUUAUCAAGAUGCACGAGGAAUUCAUCUUUGUGCAUCUCACUUAUUCGAAUGUAGAUUAGGAGAUAAAAUGCUUGGUUUAGAUCUGAGUUCAAUUUCUGCAUCCAUCAAGGAAUUGCAGAAGUUGCCACCCGCAAGCCCCGCUCACCAAGUGGGAAUACAGACACACCUCGGGAUAAAUACGCUUCAGGUUGAGCGUGUUUGGGUUGCGCUCCGUGGCGACCUGGAAGUAAUGGAGUGUGUUACUUCCGGGUUUCGCCACUCGCACAUGUGCAGAUGGUCAAAAUGACGUCACACGCAUGCGCGGAAGUCGUGAGACGCGACCCGCUGCCGUGUCUUACGUUAUGUUCAGGAUGCGAAUGGGGCUCCGGAACGGAUUCCGUUCACAUCCCAAGGUACCACUGUAGUUACGAUCAGGGGUCAGCAAGGUUUACCUCGCCUGGGCCGGUUCACUCCAGCAGAGAUCCCUCUGUGGGCUGGAUUGUGCACGCGUGUGCGCACGACCGCGAUUUCAGGCGUCUGUGUCUCCACAGAUGCAAUUUCUGGCAUCGUAGAAGUGAGUCCCUGCACCAUGGGGCGCCGGUUUAGUGCAACAUGCGGGGACUUGCCGAGCGGGCAGCUCAGAUCAGGGGUGGCUCGUGGGCUGGUUAAAUGACCCCCGUGGGCCACUUGUUGCCUACCCCUGGUUAAGAUGCAUUUCAUAGGAUAGUCUUAAGGAUGGACAAAAUAAAAACAGCAAAGCAAUAAAAAGUGCCAAAUUUUAGUAGUGCCUCUUGUUUCAAUCUUAAUACCAGGCAGAGGAAUUCUGUAUAUGCUCUUGGAGCAUGCAGUGUGCUUGCUCAGUGUGAGAGGGGAAAAUACAAAACACAGGAUAUCCAAAAAUGGCUUUAAAAUUCCAAGCAAGCCCCCAGUGUUCUUGGAAACACUGUCAAAGUUCAUCAGUGAGCUAGUGAUGAUGCCCACAUGCUGCCUACACAGGGGGAGAGCCAGAGAACCCCUUAACAAACUCCUGCAUUGCGGAGUGGUAUUCAGUGGACGUUUCACCCAGACCUUUUGAAAUUAAUGCCCCUAACUUAGCCAUGUUCAUUAAUUUCAGUGGUUCUCUCUUGAGUAAAACAUAGCUGAAUACCACCCACAGUGCAGCACCCAUAAUCCACCAGCCCUGUGACUCAGGCAGCAGCAGCCCUUUCCACUGCCAGCCCCCAGGUAUCCCUUCCAGAGAGGAGUCUGAUUCCUCUCGUGCUGCUUACAACAACAGCUUGGGGGCACAAGGCAAGGCUGGGAUGACGAACCUUUUCCAGCGUGGUGCUGCAUUCCUUCAUGUGUGGGGUGGGAGCAGCUUGCCAAUGACGCACAUGGCCAGAGGCAAAACACUGGGCAGACCACUGGAUGUGGCUGUUCUCUGUACAGCAAGUUGCAUUCUUCCUGCCAUACAGUACAGUGGUACCUCGGGUUAAGAACUUAAUUCGUUCUGGAGGUCUGUUCUUAACCUGAAACUGUUCUUAACCUGAGGUACCGCUUUAGCUAACGGGGCCUCCCGCUGCCGCCGCCCAAUUUCUGUUCUCAUCCUUCACCAAAGUUCUUAACCCGAGGUACUAUUUCUGGGUUUGUGGAGUCUGUAACCUGAAGCGUCUGUAACCUGAAGCGUCUGUAACCCGAGGUACCACUGUAGUUAGAAGGUUCUGUGCACACCCUUAUCUCUCCUUCCUUCAUCCAGGCAAGCUAAAGGCAUCACAGUUCAAGGACACAUUCCAGCCAUGCCAGACCCCUAGAAGAGGAUGCUGAGCACAGCUGGGGAUGCGUGCAACUUGAAGAGAGGGGCGUGUGGCCUGGGGGAAAUCCCAUGGGCUAGACAGGCAGGCCUGGUGGGCCACCCUGGACCUGAGGAUCCCCAUCCCUGCAUUAUCAGUCAACAUUUAUUUGCAGUCAACGGACCAUUAGAAUGUUUUAUAACAUCUCUGGGUUUUAUGACAUCCUUGUGUUGAGACCCACCCACAGAGCACCCUGGGCAGGAGGCCUGCAGAGCGAGAACGCAACCCUCUUGGGACAAGGACAAUAGACUUUUGCCAGUGAACUGAAGGAGCAGCACACGCAGCAAGUGGAGAAGUUGACAGCAGGGGCUCACUCAGUAGGGCAAGAAGCAGGAGAAGGAAGUUUGAGCCCCACCAGGAGAAGCAAAUGUAGCUCCACUCACACGCUUGGUCAAAAGCAAUUGUGUUAGGGGCAAGAGAGGUUGAGACUCCAAACCCACAGGCAGUAUAAUCACCACAGAGCACGUCCCUUCCCCAUCCCCUCAAGCAGCAAGCGGUUGGACACAUCAUGGAGCAGUCAUAUUCUCCAGCCCAAAGCAUAGAUACCAGGAGGGGCUCUAGCCAGGUGGAACAGCUUUCAUUUCAUGUGCAGAGGUCCCAGGUACAAAUCAGGGAAAUAAUCUUUAGGCAGGCAUCCUCACUAUGAAUUGAAAACAUUUUUGGUUUGACAAGCACAUGGUUUAGUUCCCUGUGUCUGUUUUUAAAUUUUUCAUUGAUUCUAUCAAAGAUGGUGGUUAUGUGUGUAUUAGUUUCUUGUUAAUAUUUUUCCCUUGCAAUGCGAAAAUGUUAAGAAAACUGCUUGUGUUUUUUGGUGUUCACCUUUUGAUAAACAAAUUCACUUUUCUCUCCUGGUAGAAAUUCCAGACUUCCUGAGUGAGGAUGAAUGCAAGUUAAUUAUCCACUUGGCUCAGCUGAAAGGGCUACAGAAAAGUCAGAUUCUGCCCACAGACGACUAUGAGGAAGCAAUCGAAAUGAUAGAUAUCAGCCAGAUGGAUAUAUUUAAUCUACUGGACCACAACCAGGAUGGACAGCUGCAGCUCAAGGAGGUAUUGAGAAGAGGAUGGGUUGAUAUUCUUGAUUCAUAACGCCUAACAUUUAUUCUCCUUAUUGGCAAACUCUUAACUGUCAUAUCAUUGAAUCCCAGCUUUUCAGCAUCUGUUCUUGUUUGUUUGGGUUUCUUAGAUGUGCUAUUAACUUCUUGCUCCCGUCAUUUUUUUGCCAGCUUUCUUGGUUUUCAGUUACUUUUCCAAGUUUUUGAAUAAUAAAGUUUGACAAUUGUUAGAAUAUAUAAAACUUAUGCUUGCUUAUAUGUGGAUCUUAAACCUUUAACAACAUUUAAUUAAACACAGCUGGAUUGAUUGCCAAAUCAGGCCGAAAAAAAUAAUUAUUUGUGCCCUUACCAUUCUCCAGUACUUUAUUGUCCUUUUGGAAGCCCACCGCAUAUGGCCAGUUGUAGUGCUAAACCAUAGUAUAAGUGCUAUGGGAACAAGCAUAGGCUUCCCCUGGACUUUCAUCCACCCACCCUGGAACACAGUACACGUUCUCCGAAGUACAGUAUUUGUGUGCGUGGAUAUACACUGGAUUCAGUUUUACAUUCUCACCCAUGGUUGCCAAGAAAGCAAACUCUUUGCAAUUUCAGGUACUGACACACACCCGUCUAGGAAACGGCAGGUGGAUGACGCCUGAGAGUAUCCGGGAGAUGUACUCUGCCGUGAAAGCAGACCCAGAUGGCAAUGGUGAGAUUAAUGCUGCCUUCUAAUAGACUGUGCAUUGUAGCUGUCCUAAUUGUUUCUUUGUUUUGUUGUGUAUAUUAAGGAUGCUUAAAUGCCCCAAUGGAUGUGUUGUGUAUUUUAAUGAUGUGUUGAUUGUAUAGUUGUAGGCUGCUUAGAAGCUGUUUGGGCAUCUAAGCGGUAUAUAAUUUAAUAAAUGAUUAUAGGCAAGUGCAGAUCGGGCCUUUGGUUUCUGCAUGAAGGGGGAUUCCGGGUCAUUGGAAUUGCGACCAAGAAGGCCCUGCUGCAUCUUUCCACCCCGCCCCAUAAAGGUAAAGGGACCCCUGACCAUUACGUCCAGUCAUGGCCGACUCUGGGGUUGCGGCGCUCAUCUCGUUUUAUUGGCCGAGGGAGCUGGCGUACAGCUUCCGGGUCAUGUGGCCAGCAGGACUAAGCUGCUUCUGGCAAACCAGAGCAGCGCACGGAAACGCCGUUUACCUUCCCGCCGGAGCGGUACCUACUUAUCUACUUACACUUUGACGUGCUUUCGAACUGCUAGGUGGGCAGGAGCAGGGACCGAGCAAUGGGAGCUCACCCCGUCGCGGGGAUUCGAACCGCCGACCUUCUGAUUGGCAAGCCCUAGGCUCAGUGGUUUAACCCACAGCGCCACCCCGCCCCAUAACACACCACAAAUAGAAAGAAGCUUCAUAUGGAGGGAGAGAGGCACUGACUGAGGCAGGCUGGGCAAGGUAUAAAUUCAGCGGUAAUUGUACAGUGUGCGUACAAAAUCAUAUAUUUGUUUUGCUUCAAUAGUAAAAGAGUUGCCUGGAGAUGUAGUAUGCUUCUCAGCAUGCACUCCACCAGCACAGAAGGUCCACUCUUUUGAGACAGUGCCUUUUUGUCUGCUUCUUGCUGGGCAGUUGGAAGCAGAGGUCAAUUUUCUCCAUCAGAUUUCCCUCCAGCCCCUCAGCUUUAGGCUAGUGGUUCGGUGGUUCCAGGAGCUUUCCAAGCAUCCCGCUGGCCUCUUCAGACCUCCUGCUGCCCGGAUGUGCGCUGCGAUCUCUCCUGCUCUAAUUAGAGUGCCUUCAAGUUGAACGCCUCUCCAUUUCCUAAUCAAAUUAAGUCAGCGGGCAGAGUGCACCCACUUACUGCCAGGUUGCCUGAUGAUCUGCACGGCCCUGGAGAGGUUGCUUUGGAAUGGGAAAGAGCACUUUGGUGAAUGGAGGACGGGGCUCCAAAUCCGGUGUGUAAGCCUUCGCCCUGGUGCCCUCUGGGCUUGUGACGUCUUUGGCAGAGACCAGGGAGGAUGCACUGUUUGGUUUUUUCAGCACUGUAAACACCACUGAACUAAAGAGCUUCAAUUAAGGUCUCGGUGCCCCGUCUAGGGUGUCCUCACUUUCUGAGGGCUGCUGUUUCCAUUGUAAGCAACGUGGCAGCAAGAAAGCCAAGGGUCGUAACCUGGAUGUGGUGAUAGAUCAUGGAAGGCUGAAGCUGAUGAUGGAAUAGUGGGUAGAAAAUGUGUGCGUGCACUGGAAAUAAAGGAUGAUCAUGGCUGUCCUAAGCUGACCUCUCCUCCCAAAUCUAUUCCCUUCGCUUAAGGGAAUUAAGUGUAGACUAGGACUGUUCUUCUGUUGGUGUUUGUGUGUACAUGGCAAUUUGCUUAGAAUUUAGCGACUAGAACAAAAUUGGGGUUUAUGUUUGUUUAUAAAACCUUUAGCCUUUCUGGUGGGGAGGAGGCUGGAACAGAAACAUGGAAGUGUCUGUAGGACUCCAGCGCUCAAGGGCAGUGCUUCUAUAACCUACAUUGCUGUCCCGUCAUCUAAGCCUCUAAUCAUGUCCCUUUUUCUCCAAAAUAUCUAUUGUGCCCCCAGUACUCCCUAGAGAGGCAUAUUUGUUUGCCCAGUACACAGAGAAAGCAUUUGGGUGCUCCCUGUAUAUGAUGCUCCAAUUUAUUAUGCACAUACAAUGGUAGUUAGUUAGUUAGUUAGUUAGUUAGUUAGUCAGACUUGAAGCUUUCAGUGUUUCUCAUUCAUUGUUAGACUUGCCAGUUUCCUAUUUUAGUUACUCAUGUGUGCACAGCAUUUGAGCCACCAAUGCCAAACUUGCAGUACUGAAGUAUAGGACCAACUCAAAUAUCUAGCUUAUUAUGCCGAGAUACACACAAGUCUUGUGCCUGAGCACUCUGUCCUUGCAGAGUCCCUUCUUGCCUCCCUUCUUCGUGUGCUGUGGUUGAACACACACACACACACACACACACACACACACACAGAUUGAUUAGCCAUAUUUUCCUAUUAUAUCUGAACCAGGAAACGAUGGUUACCAGGUUCAGAAUAACCAGAAACUUAAGAACAUCGGAAGAGCCUUCUGGAUGACGUCAAUGCCCCAUCUGCGUCUUCCAUCCUUGUUUGCACGGUGGCCAACCACAUGUCUGUGAGAAAUCUGUAACACUCUGCCUGCCCACUUGUGAUUCCCAGCAGCUGAUAUUCAGAGGGAUGCUGCCUCCGACUAUGGAGGUAGAAACAGCCAUUGUGGCUAGUAGCCUGGUUGGUUUAUGAUCCCGGUUUGUUUUGAGCCCUAUAACCAUAGUUCCUGGUUUGGAUGCAAUGGCUCAUUAUGGUUACUUAAUCCAGGACACGUUCAGUCACAGUGCACUGGGAAGGGAAAGGGGCAGCUCUAGCAGAGUGACUGAGGAAGCCACCUAUGAUGCUAGCCUCUGCUAGCUGGCUCUCUCACCUAGUCACCUUCUCCUGAUGUGUCACAGACAGUGAGAAAACAGGCAAAGAGGCAAACCGUCAAGGCCAUGCACUUCAGCAGGAGAGCACAUGUCUCUCCUUAUGUGACUCCUUAUGUGACACUGGCAGCUUUUGCUUGAAUGGACAACAAGCAGUGGUGAGCCCCCUGCCUCCCCAAUCCAUUCUAAAGGGUCUCCCGUCCCCCAGAAGCACAUUUGGGGAGUGUGUGAGAGGCUGCUGACCAGAAGGGGGAACAAUUGAAAAUUGCUUCUCUCCCUGUUUGGCUGACAGAAGCAAUCAGCUGAGCGAUAAUAUUGGAAACUUUUAAGAUCACCAGUCUCUCAAGGACCAUCAAAUAGAUAGAUAGAUAGACAGACAGACAGACAGACAGACAGACAGACACACAGAUAGGGUAAAAAAUUCCUUUCGACCAUGUGCCUUUUUAAAUUCAAGUAUUGGUAUACAGUUUUCCCAAAUGAGUGUUUUGCCAGUUUUAAAAUAUAUUUAUGAUACAAUAAUCUUUAUUGUCAUCGUCCCAUACAGAACAACGAAAUUGAAAAAUCUACAUAAGACAUUCAAAAACCAACAAGCCUGCUAUCCCAGCUAUCCUAACCUGGUUAGCCCCCUAAAAACUCUGAUACUCCAUUUUUAAAUACAAUAUACUCCCAUACAGAUUCCUUACAAUGUGUUUAAAACCAAAAUCGCAUUUGGGUAGAAACUGUUUCUCAGGUGGCUAGUCCUAGUCUUUAUAACCCUGUACCUUCUUCCAGAAGGCAGAAGCUGAAAGAGAUCAUUUUCAGAGGUACCACAAGCGAACAUUGGAACGGGCAAACCUUUUCUUUUCUUCAUAUAUUUUUCAUGUCAGAAGCAUGGCAUAGUUCCAUUACCUUGCGAUACGCAAUGGAGAGCCAGCAUGGUUCAGUGCCUUAUGUGUACGUCUUGGUGUCUUCGUGAUUUUGGGAGCAGUCAUAAUGCAAAUGAUUCCUGGGCAUGUACUGCUGAUCUUCAGUUGUGUUUUCGGUCCCUCUGUGCUCACCUGUAGUAUUUUGUAACCUGGAAGCUGUGAACUAGGUGCCAGCCUCUUCAUUUGGAAGGGCAGUCUUCUCCUUUGGUGGUCUUUCUGCAGUCAAGCAAUGCCUAACUAAACUGCCAUUCAGAACCUUCUAGACCUCUAGCUGGGAAAUAGGCACUCUGGCUCUCUUCAGCUAAAAAGUCAUGGUUGUGUUGUCACUUUCCAAGGGGAGGGGAAAGAGCCCUUCCACUCAGUUCUCUGCCGACUGCUGUGACAGCAGCAGUAGGAAUCUUUUUCUUUGAUGGGGUUUUGUCUUAUUUCCCCCCUCAAGUUGUUGGCUUUAGUUUUUCACUUGGCUUUUUUCUUCUUCUGGUGUCAUAACGUCUUUGCUAAGGCGUCUUUGCUAAGGCGUCUGGUGUCAUAACAUCUUUGCUAAGUUUCCCCCCCAGUCAGAAAUAGUUAUUGCCCUCAUGAGAGCUUCCCUGUGGCAUCUGUGGUGCAUCAGCUAUCAUUUAAAAGGUGCCAUAUGUGUGACACAUAUCCAAACUGGUAUACUUUCCUCCUGCUAAAGGCAGAGCGGAUUAUGGUAGUGGUUGCUAGAAGGUUGGCUCUGAUUUGGCGUCAACCGUUGCAGCAUGUUGACAAAUACCUGAAUGCUCUGCAACAUCAUCAUCAUCAUCAUCAUCAUAAAAUAAUUUAUUUAUACCCCACCCUCCCCAGCCAAGACCGGGCUCAGGGCAGCUAACAACCAAUAAUAAAAACAAGUUGAUUAAAAUACAAUUUAAAAAACAAGAUUAAAAUACAACAUUAAAACAUUAAGAUGCAGCCUCUUCACAGGAGGAGAAAGGAAAAAGAAAGAGGGGGAGAGAAUCAACUUGAUUCUAAGACAAAGGCCAGGCAGAACAACUGUCUAAAAGGCCUUGCGGAAAGAAAUCAGAUCCCGCAGGGCCCUGGUCUCAUGAGACAGAGCGUUCCAACCAGGCCGGAGCCAGUGUUGAAAAGGCCCUGGCUCUGGUUGAGGCUAAUCUAAGCCUGUGCUUUCUUCUCAUUCUUCCGUUAGGUGUGCUGAGUUUGGAAGAGUUUAAGCAGCUGAACAUUCGGGAUUUCCACAAGUAUAUGGGCAGCCAAAAAGUGAAGAUGAGUGACCUGGUGCGGAACAGCCAGCACACAUGGCUGUAUCAAGGCGAGGGAGCCCACCACGUCAUGCGCUCCAUACAGCAAAGGUAAGAGGGACUCACAGAUAUUUAAAACAGAGAGAGGUUCGCCAUUCCUUGCAGCCAUACUUGGAUCCCACUCAGUUUUAUUAUAUUAGAGAGUUCUCAACUGAUUAAAAAGCGUUUCUGUAUUAUGAAUUGCCUGUUGUUGUUUUUUAGUUAUCAAUUAAAAUUUAAACACGCAUGGGCUCCUUUAAAGGUGCUAAAAGAAUGUGAUGACUGAGAAGGGCAUAGUAACUUGAAAAUGCUCAGUUACACUUUGAAAAGGCUUUUUUAAAAAAUCUCAUUCCCUGACCACGUAACCACACGGUGAUACAGCCAAAGGGAGGCAGUGAGGCAGCUCAGCGCCAAACUACUAGACGGUAUGUUAAAUGUGUAUGUGCAUUCAACAGGUCUUGUCUUUACUUUAAGAUAAACCAAUGUAGGAGGACGGUGGUGCACAGGAAAGGUUUUAACCCUUUCCUCCUGUGCUGCAGUUCCAGUGCAAAUCUAUCCCCACCCCUGCCCAGUAGGCAUUUGCCCUGGGAAGAAAAUUGGCACUAACACCAGUAGAACCCUCUUCCUACAGAACUGGGAGUGCAGUCCUAAGCAUGUUUAUGCUAAAGUAAGUCCCACUGACUUCACUGAGACUGCCUAGAAAGCCUCCUUAGGACUGGAACCUGAAAGCACCUGCUCCUUUUGGGUUUUUUUGUGUGUGUUUUUUUUGGGGUGGUUUUUUUUUUUUUUUUGCAAAAAAUGCUUAGAUGAUAGUGAAAGUGACUGUCCUUCCUGAGGUUAACUUCCAUGCUUCUUUAUACGUGAGGCAGGGUUUUCUGCAUUCAAAAGAAAAAUGCUUCUCUUCCAUUUGAUCAUACAAGUGAUCAAAUCCGUUGUCAGCUGGCAGUUCUUAUAAAAAAGAAUCUCAAUUAUGUUUUGUAAAUAAACAUUGAAAAUAUCUCUCUGUGUAUGUUUACACACACACACACACACACGCUACAGAGGAGCAAAUGUAAAUAUGAUGAUGAUGGUUAAUUCAAUUUAUAUACAGUGGUACCUCGGGUUAAGUACUUAAUUCGUUCUGGAGGUCCGUUCUUAACCUGAAACUGUUCUUAACCUGAAGGCCACUUUAGCUAAUGGGGCCUCCUGCUGCCGCCGCACCACCAGAGCAUCCUGAAGCAAAGUUCUUAACCUAAAGCACUAUUUCUGGGUUAGCGGAGUCUGUAACCUGAAGCGUAUGUAACCCAAGGUACCACUGUACUGCCCUUUAUCACAAGAUCCCAGGGCAGUGUCCAACAUUAAGAACACAUUUUUUGAGCACAAUAAUAAGAACAUAAUAAAAAGCAUAAUUAUAUUCUAUAUCUUUGACUUAGAUAGCUGCUGUGAAUGUCAGUUGCUUACCAUCUUGAACUUGUCAAGUAAAACAUUUCUGUCCCUAGAGGUGUUCACAUGUUACAUUCAACAAGUAUAUGAUCUGUGUUGAGCUGUGCAUUUGUACAGUUGGUAACAUUCAACACGUAUACAGUCUGUGUACUUAAGUGCACAGUGACAGCUGUACAAACCCACAAGCGCACACUCUUUCACUUACAUGUGUGGAGACAGCUUAUACCUACGUUCAGUGUAAUGUGUGAACAGGUACCCUAUCCCAGGACAAAGGGGAUGACAGUGGCAUGUGGGGACAUUGGUUUAGUAGCAAGUAUAGUUUAAUAGUUCAACGGUCAUGUCUCUGCUUCUCCUCCUUUAGGGUGAUUCACUUAACCCGUCUGCCUUCUGAGAUUGUGGAGCACAGUGAACCCCUGCAGGUAGUGCGAUACGACCAAGGCGGGCACUACCAUGCCCACAUGGACAGUGGACCGGUGUUCCCUGAGACUGCCUGCAGUCACACCAAACUGAUUGCCAAUGAAACUGCUCCAUUCGAGACCUCGUGCCGGUUAGUCUAGAGCCUGAAGAGGAAACUAACCGUCUGUAAUCUGUUCUUUCCCUGUUACUCCAUGUUUUGUUCUGAAACAGAGACUCCGUCAUGUUUUUAGGGACAUAAACAUUCAAGUGCAAAUCAGCUGGCCUCACUUAACCAUGGAGAGGUCAAAGAACACAGCAUGCAUGUGUGCUUUCCAGUUAUAAGUUAGUGAAGAGGAAUGCUCAGUCAGCUAUUCCUCCAGAACAUCAUGCUUCUCUAUGUGGAGGCUUUUUAUGCACCUGAAGACUGUUGGCGAAAGGCAGGGGCAAAAUUUCUCUGAGUCCUACUCUGCCUGUGACAUUAUUAUUUGAGUCUAUAGCUAUAACCAUGGUUCUGCUCUAAACCUGAGGUUUGUUUUUCUGUAACCUCCCUUGCUUUGCUGUUUGAUUUAUAUAUUUGCUCAGGUUGGGAGCACAGAACAGAGCAUGUUUUUACUUUCUGACCUGUGAGUUGGCCCGAGAAACUGAUGUAGGAAUUAUAGGAUAUCAGUCCCACUGAAUUCAUAUAGGAUUGCAGCCUAGGUCACAAAAAUGGGGGUUAACCUGUGAGUAGAUGGGCACGAAAUCGUAACUUCCAAGUAGAUGUGCAUAGUAUUUUACUGUUGCAUUGCAAACCUGAAGGGGAGGGCUAAGCAAUUUCAAUAACUUUGGAGCCUAACCUGUGCUAAUGGCCCCUGCCUUUCACAGCUACGUGACAGUUCUGUUCUACCUAAAUAACGUGACCGGAGGAGGAGAGACCACUUUUCCGAUAGCUGACAAUAGGACCUAUGAAGAGCUGGUAAGGUCCUUCUUUGUGGCCUGUUUUUCUUGGAAAACUCCGUUUUCUUUGAGUACUUGUGUUAAACAUGAACACCUGGUAGAUGGCUGAGAAACCAUAAUUUUCCGUGUAUAAGAUGCCCCCAUGUAAAAAAAACUCCCCCUAUUUUGUGGGACUCAAAUUUAAGGAAGUGGGGGGAGAUGGAGAGUUGUUGAGCUUUUUGGGGGGAGGAUUGCCCAGUUGCCACAGCGUCAGCCAAUCAACACCAGCUCUUGAUGCAGCAACCAAUACCACGCCCAAUAGUCGCUGACAGCCACAGCAGCAACCAAUCAAACAUCCACCCUAUGCACUACCCAUGUAUAAGACGACCCCCACUUUUUAGCAUCAUUUUAAAAGAAAAAAACCUAGUCAUACAUGGAAAAGUAUGGUAAUCUGCAGACCUUUAGUUAGUGAAUGUGUUACAGGGGCAUCUUCUGCUGUUGCCCCUGUUUUUUGCAAUGCUCUCCCUGAUACCAUAUAGGAAACACCAGCAGUUACCCGCUUCAGACAUCUUUUAAAGAUGUUUCCCCACUCCCGGGUUCCCCUGUUCGUUAAAUUGGAUCCUGUCUUUUUGAUACUACAAUGCUUGUUGCACUUUUGCUGCUGUUUUAAUGGUUUUAUGGUAUAUUUUUAGCAUUGCCCAUAGAUAAAGAUCAGAGCUUUCCAAACUGUGUGUCGUGACACGUUAGUGUGUCGGCUGCAGUGUGUAGGCAUGUCGCAUAAACGCUCCCUACGCUCAUUCCAGGGCUGGAAAGGGGUUAGUUUCACCUCCGGUUUGCUAUUAAAACUGAAUUACUGUGUCGCAAAGUGAUGUAAAACUGAAUUACUGUGUUGCGAAAUGACGCAUGUCUGAAAAGUGUGUCACUAACAUGAACAGUUUGGAAAGCUCUGCUAUUAGAUAUAGGGCACCUUUUUAGUUAGUUCAAGAUUAUUGGAAGUGUUUAGUCUGAUAGGGGAAGUCCAAGGAUGCCCCCAGGUGUGUCAGUUCGUGGCACAAUCAUUGUGCUGUACUAAUAUGUUGUAGGUGGGUGGGGAUCCAGAUGGUUUUAUUCAAGAUAACACCCCGUUACAAGGAAAUCCCUUCCUCUCAGCAUUCCGUUAACAACAUUUUGUUUCUAGAAAUAUUGCAGCUUAUUAUAUGGCAUAUGGUUGCAUGAAUGUACUGGCUAUUUUGUGCUACGGAUUUUGGAUGUGCAAAACAAAUCCUUGCUCCACCCUCCUCCCCACCAGUCCAUGUUAUUUUCUGAACUCCUAAAAGAUUCCCACCCCUUUUUUUAUUCUCUAGAAGUUGAGGUUAAUGCUCCCUUACGAUACCGUGCAAACAUGAGAGCACUGAAGUAGCGCUUCAACUGCUGAACGCCACCAAGCACUGUCUCUUAGCACUGUGAAUUUUAUACACACUCUUUUUAAGGCCAGAUGCUUUAUUUCUUAUUUCACCUGCAAUGCACACCUCCCCAUUAAUUUCAGUGGAACAUACUUCAAAAUAUAUGUACUUGAGCGUGACAGGUGAAGUAUGCAAACAUCCUAUAGCUAUAAAAUGUUCCAUAUGGUUUGUUUCGUUUCUGAGGUUGUUGUUUUUUUAAAUCCCACCUCUCCUUAAAAUCAAGACGGCUUGAAAAAAUAUGGAGCUGUUCUAUGUAAAUGGGAACAUAUGUAAUGCUAGUAUAGGAUGUUCUGUGCCUUGAUUUAUUUAUUUGUGGUUGAUUUGUUAAGUUCCUGGCACGCAGCACAAUAAGGAUUAUUUCCCUUUUUCUCUUCCAGUCUCUCAUCCAGAAUGAUAUUGACCUACGUGACACUCGUAAACACUGUGAUAAGGGAAACCUACGUGUAAAACCCCUGCAAGGCACUGCUGUUUUCUGGUACAAUUACCUGUCAGAUGGAGAAGGUAAUAUGUCCUCUCGUGGCACUCGUCUGCCAGGAUGUCUGAGCUGCAUUGCCCAGUGGGGUGUAGUGGUUAAGAGCGGUGGACUCGUAAUCUGGUGAACCGGGUUCGCUUCCCUGCUCCUCCACCUGCAGCUGCUGGGUGACCUUGGGCCAGUCACCCUUCUCUGAAGUCUCUCAGCCUCACUCACCUCACAGAGUGUUUGUUGUGGGGGAGGAAGGGAAAGGAGAAUAUUAGCCACUUUGAGACUCCUUGGGGUAGUGAUAAAGCGAGAUAUCAAAUCCAAACUCUUCUCUUCUUCUUCUUCUUCUUCAUGCCGAUUUGCCAGCCAAGGGUCAAUAAUUGGAGGAAUCCCAGGGGUUGAGCUGUUGUCAUGUGAAACCUGGCUUCUCUCAGGAGUGGUUCAUGGGUUCUUAUUUCCUUGCAGGCUGGGUUGGCGACCUAGAUGAAUAUUCUUUGCACGGAGGCUGCUUGGUCACUGAAGGAACCAAGUGGAUUGCCAACAACUGGAUCAACGUUGAUCCCAACAAGAGGCGACAGCUCCAGUUCCAAGAGGAGAUGGCUCGAUAUACAAACAGUGCGGACGAGGACCAAAGCGAAUGGACUGUGGACAAAUCCUACAGCAAUGUACAUGUGGAGCUGUAGUGCUUGGAGAUGCCUUUUCGUGGACUUGGACGAAACUUUUUUGCACUAGCCAUUUUCAGCCCUCUUUCUCCCACUUCCCCCCCAUCCCCGCAUAUCUCAGCAGAGAUUGCUAGCUGCGCUCCAGCCUAGACUGGAGAAAACAAGGGACUGGAUAGGGAGGUAUGGUCUGGAAUGCACUGUGAAAGAGAACUGGUGAGGCAGGAGAAAUGACCGUGGCUGGUUUGUUAGGGUGCAGUUCUCACUUGCAUCUUUUUUUUAAUGUCUGGCUUUGGUUCUAGGUCUCUGAGCAAGCCUUCCCCAUGGCAUGUGCAGUCAGUCAGCCUCCAAGUUUGUUGCUCUUCUUCAUCCUGAGCCAUUACCCCCCGCUGGAAGGCAGUUCUUCUCCUUGAGCUGGUUUGCAUCUCUGUUCCUGGCCCCUUCCCACCUGCUGUCACAAGAUCUCCUCGUAAAGCAGCAAAACUUAUCUCAGAAAGUGUCUCUUCUCAUUCCAGGUGGUUCUCUAGGGGGCAAAGCUGUCGCUCCUAGCACUCACAGGCACAGGUCAUCGUAAGUACAUAAUAAUAGGUAAACUUUAUGUAAGGGGGUCUUGAGCAGCUGUAUGUAAAGGAAGUUUCAGGAUUGAAGGUGCUGGAGUCAUUCCGGAUGAUUUCUAAUGCUCAUCAUGGAGAAUUUUUCUCAGGGUCAGACUCGGUUCUGAAUAAGGACAUGGUUCUGAAAUAUUUAUUGUGUUGAUUAUCGGGGGGGGGAGUGUUCAAGUGUGCAAUAGCAGCUGGUGUGCUGUGUUUGUUGAGUUUUUCAUUUCAGUAACUUGAUUUGUGUGCUCAGUUGGGUUUUUCCCCUCUGUGAGUCUGUUUGGAAGGAGUUCUCUCCCAGCCCCAGACAUGUACCACUCCAUUUAGUGUCUGGUUUGGGCCAACAGCAUACUCACAUCAUGUUCCUUCUUGCAGAUGGAUAUAUACAAUCAUGAACGUAAGAAGAUUCCUGUUGGAUCAAACUAAAGGUCCCUGUGUACCAGAAGCCUGCUUUCCACAGUGGCCAAUCAGAUUCCUCUGAAAAGCGGGACAUGAAACUGAUGGUCCUUUUCCAUUGUUGCUGCUCAAGAGACAGUAGAGGCGCGGGUGGCGCUGUGGUCUAAACCACUGAGCCUCUUGGGCUUGCCAAUCCGAAGGUCAGCUGUUUGAAUCCCCGCAACGGGGUGAGCUCUUAUUGCUCUGUCCCAGCUCCUGCCAACUUAGCAGUUCAAAAGCAUGCCCAGUGCAAGUAGAUAAAUAGGUACCGCUGCAGCGGGAGGGUAAACGGCGUUUCCGUGUGCUCUGGUUUCCGUCAUGGUGUUCCAAUGUGCCAGAAGCAGUUUAGUCCUGCUGGCCACAUGACCCAGAAAGCUGUCUGUGGACAAACGCCAGAAAGUGAGAUGAGCGCCAUAACCCCAUAGUCGCCUUUGACUGGACUUAACUAUGCAGGGAUAUUUCACCUUAACCUUUUUGCUCAGGAGACACAUGGCAUCUGAACAUGGAGAGCGGGAUUCAGCUAAUGAGUCCCAUCAAGGGAAGCCCUGUGCAAGGACUGCCGCUUUGCACCCUCUGAAAUUAGUUCUGGGGGAAUUGGGAGAACCCCUGGAACAGCAUGCGGAGGGAGAAAAGGAGGGAUUAUUCCACAAGGCAACCCAAAAUUCUUGCCUUGAUGGAGUAAUCACCUAAGUGCAAUGUUGAAUUCCUCCCUUAGCUUUCAUAUAGCCAUCAUGGGUAGUUGUUGAUUGCCUUAUCCUGCAUGAAUUUGUCUAAUCCCCUUAUAAAACUAUCUAAACCAGUGGCCAUCAUCUUGAAUGCCAUAAAUGUAUUAUUCAUUGUGUCCAGAAGUACUUCCCUUCAGUUUGUCCAGAAUCUCUUCUGCACCAUGCAUAAUUUUACAAACCUCUUUCAUGUUUCCCCUUACUCAAUUCCCUGCUCCCCAAACUAAAAAAAAAACAAAACCCAAGCAACACUCCUUUUCUGCGCCUGUUCCAGCUCUACAAUAUCUUUUUUGAGAUGAGGCUAAUCAGAGAGGCUUUCCCCCUGUAAUUGAACUUGAAGCGUGAGCCAGAGUUGGCCCUUUUCGCUUCUGUGUUGGCCUGAGGAUAUAUUUCUUUCUAAUAGGUGUCUGUAAUAAAAAGGAAGUGGUGUUGGAAAAGGAGAUGAAUUGGAAAGGUACAGUGGAGCUUCAGUAAGAUACAGAGAAGAUUCCUGUAGCAUUCAAUGAGACCACAGGAAGCUUGCAACUGUAGACAAACACUUUCAUCGCUGUUAGGAAAGCUGGGAUUAAUUGCAUGGCGUUUUUAAUAUAUAAUUGAAAGAUAAUUUACAAUUACAAAAUCCCUCACUGUUCAACAUCUUGACAUAAUGCAAAAUGCAGGGUUUGGUUGUAGCCAUCACUAUAGAGGCUUUGGCCUUGCAGCUCAUAAUUUGUAAUAAGUUGUAUCCUUUAGGAAAGCUAUCCACAUUGAACCCAAAAUAUAUGGAUCUAUCUUCCAUGUAGCUCUCAGUGCUGGUGUUGGAAAUCCCAGACUGGCUGCUCCAUCCUGAUGAGCAAAUAUAUAAUUGUCUCAUCCCCCCGCCCGCACAAAUAUUUUUAUUUUGACAUUUUUAUUGUUUCCUCCUGAUGCCUUGAGGUUCUGAAGUAGACAAAGCUGCCUUUAAGGUGGCCGUCUUGCAGCUAGUUAUCUAGCCGGGUGCCUCCAUUGCUGUCCAAAGGAUGCUAAGUUGUAUGGCAUUUUCCUUGCUUUGAUAAGUUGCCAUUCCUACACGGUAGCUCUCCCUGAAGACAGAAACUGAUGUUAUUGUGGAAUGUUGAUUGUUGUAUAUAUUGAAUCAGUUUAUGUCGGCAGCAAGUGAAUUUCCAUUCCAAGGAAUGAGUGCAUCCCAUGCAUCCCUUUUUACUGGGGUCCUUGUCGAUUGCCUUAGUUAGAGACCUGUGCAGCCUGUGACCUUCCAAGCCAAACACAGCCCACCAACCUGGCACAUGCUUAAAAACUUCCCCACUCUGCCACCUUAUUUUUGUAGUCCCAGGCAGGUCCCGGUUGCUUGUAGUCAGCUUGGUGGGUCACGAGUUGUGUAGAUCAGCCUUAGUAGUGUGCUUUAUAACGCAGAAAGGUUAAGGCUUGUGACCACUACAUGGCCCUGCCAGAUGAAAAAAUGUCACCCCAGUCCUCCACAAUACCCUUGUAAGCUUCAUUGAUUUUGGUGCAGGUUAUUUUAAUGAAAUAGGCCUAAGGUUGCGACUUUUCUGCAGUCCCGCUGCAAGGUUUUGUGGGGUGAGGAGAGUGAAGUAGGUGUUCUUCUGAUAGGAUACAACGAGGAUUCAGUAUCCCUGAAGCGGCUUGCUUUCCCUGGUAUGACUUUGGAAAUUUAACCGCAUAGCAGAUAGUUUACAAGCCAAUUUAAAGUUCUUAGCGGUCCCCUUUAGGAACUGUUUAAUAAGAAGAGUCUAGACUCAGCUCAAAGGUCCUGUCUCAUUUAGUACUUAUGAAAUGCCAAAAGGCUGGACAUGAAAUAGACCUCCUAUUUUGCUGUUCAUUCCAAACUAGGACUUUGCAAUCUUGUUUUGAGUGUGUUUGUGUGUGUGCUAGAGAGGCUAUUCACCUCUAACUUGAGAUAUUUAUAUUUUACUAGCAGAGACUUGAAGUGUAGAAGAAUGUAGGGCUUUGACUGAGGUUUAAGAAGCCAUGAAUUGGAUGAGGAUGUGAUGCCACCUUUUUCCAGUUUGCAAUCUACAAAACCAAAAACCCCUGGGCCACGAAUGGGGAAGCGCUGCAAGCAGUUGCAUGGCCUGUGGAUUGUGCAGUAUCCCACACCCAGGACCGCAUGGAUGUUUGCCUGGGCUCAGCUACCUGUACUGGAGUGGGGGGAGGGUGGUGUUAGCAGAGAGGUUUGCUUUGUGAAUCAUGUCCUUAAUUGCCCCAAAGGCAUGACAUGCGUAUCCAAGCCCACAGCUGAACCCUUUGCUAACCUUAGCUAAUAUAAGUGACUUGAUGUUGCCGGUUGCAUUGAUAGGUAACUGGUCAGCGUUGGAUUUUGUAUUUCUGUGUGUUCCCUACACUUGUGUGUUUUGCAAAAAGUUGUUUUUUUUCCUUAUUAUUUAAUAUUUAUUUUAUUUAUUGUUUUCCACACACAGAUGUCAGGUAGCUUGUCUAUCCUGCAAAUAAAAGUUUGAAACCUA